UGUACGUGGAGAAGAAAUAUUGCCCUGUGCAAAAAUUGUCACAAUAUAUCGAUUUGCAUACAAAUAGUUGGACUGUAAACUGAUAUCGUGGUUAGUCAUUAAAUCAAACGCUGGCGUGUUUGUACAAGUGUUAACAAAAAUGGCGAUAUAAAAGAUUUAAAGUGCAUAAUUUUAACUUUGCUGUGAAGGAGGAUAUUAUGUUUAUGAUGUAAACUGGAUAGAAUACACUGUGACACUCUAUACAUAAAACAAAUGUAAAAUGGAACAAGAGGCCUUUCGAUGAAAAUAAGAAUUUGUUACUUUGCCGAAUACAGGCUUUAUUCUACGUUUCCCGGAUAAAUGACGUUAUGCCAUCACUUCCGGUUUAUCAAACGUGCAGAACCACCCUUAGGCGUAAGAUGAAAACUUAGCUGAAAUAAACCAUCAUCAUGGCCACCAUUUCACAUGAACAACAGUUAGCCAAUCCCAGAUAUCGUGACUGGGUGAAAGCUGGUCUAGCAACAAAAUACGUCAAAGAAGGGAUUGAAGUAUUCAUAGACGAAGUCUGUAAACGACAACACGAGGACAUGCUUUUAGAUAUCAGAAUGCAAUACAUCAUUGCACCAACAGCUUGUAAUUCAUGCAAUCUCAAGACGCUUAUGCCAAUGCAUUCCAAAGGCCGUAAUGGUUGCUCAUUAGGACAAAAUCCUUGCAAUUGUCUAAAUGUGCACCGGAAAACGGUUUGCCCAACGAAAUUCUGCAGUGCAAUGUAUGAUAAGAUUGUCCUACAGCAUAAAUUCAGUGCACCGAACUGGACUAACACAGACAUAACACAAUGGGCCAAAAACCAUUGGGAGAUAGCAAAAUGCAACAUUCCAGGACGAGGGUACAAGUUGAAAACGUGUGCCAGAGAAACUGACUGUGCCGGUCUACUCAACAUAGCUAUAAAUGAUAUGGAUGUGCAUCGCAUGAUUGACUGCCUUGUUAACCCACCGAACGAUGUUUUCUCAAGGACUAGGGCAGCCCGAGAUGACAUUUUCCAUUCUCCAGACAUGGAGCUUGACCACACAAAGAUGGAAGCGUACAUAAAGGACAUGAUUGCUCUUCUAAAUGACAAAUAUCUGAGUAAUCGACCGGAAGCAAUAGCAGCUACAGACAAACUUAAGAAGUUAUUAAACGAUGAUUUCCGAAUAACAGAGACGGAUGAAUCACAAGUUAGAAAAGAACUUUUGGCUGCGAUUGAAGAGAAAAAACUUUUAGCGAUAUCAGCUGUUGAAAAUGAGGGCGAGCGUCAGAAGAAGCAAAUAGUUGAAGAGAAGGAAAAUAUCCUGCAAGAAUUACGAACAGAACAAACGAAAUCUUCAAAGGAAACUGUGGAAAAAUUAGAACUAAUGGAAAAAAAUGUUCAAGAAAUUGAAGAAAAAUUUAGCAGCAUCAAAGAGAACGUUUUGCAAAGCAAAAUAGAGGACGAAAAUAGAACACAAUCUGACAAACUGAGAGUAACUAGAUACAACGAACGGAAAAUAUCUUUACAGACAGAACUUAUCACUUUGUAUCAGGAGUAUCUUACCAAAACGUAUGUAUUACCCAUGAUACAAGAAGAGAAAUGUGAUGUCAAAGACAUAUAUGUCGACCAGUCAAUGUUUACUGGAAAAAAACAGAAAGCAAAGGAACCAGUGGAGGUGGAUUCCUUAUUAGAUCCUGUUUUUCGUUUUGAAAUAGAAGCAAAAACAAGUGAACCUUUAUCAGGCUUAGAAAAUGAUGUAACAACUUACAGAUCAAUCUUCUAUAAGGGUGAAAAGAAAAACAAAAAGAUAUAUUUGAGCGGUGGUGCUGGUAUGGGCAAGACAACUUUCUGCAAAAAUCUAAUAAGUAGAUGGUGUGACGUCCAUGCUUCAAAAAUCAAUGCUUCGACCGCAGAUGAUGAUGAUGAUACAAUGAUACUACGGAGCUUUCAGUUACUGUUUUACGUUACUCUCCGGCAUAUAAAAAACAAACGACAUGUUCAUGAUAUGAUCAAGUCUCAGCUUUUGUUUGACGAGCAGGAUAUAGAAAUAUUUGAACAAAUUUUGACAACAGAAUCUGAGAUUUGCCUAAUAAUUCUAGAUGGACUCGAUGAGUGGAAUCCUUCUGACGAAGAACAACCCGACAUACUGCCUCAAAGUCCUUUCCAGAACAGGUAUAUCCCGCAGACAAACUUAAAAAGAAAAUACACAAUACUUACAACUACAAGGUCAUGGAAAUUAGAAGAAGUGAGACUAAUGUCUACAGAUGCAGAUAUCCACGUGAAGUUGCAAGGGUUUUCCAGCUCAUCGGCUGACAUGUUUAUUCAGAAGGUUGUUAAAACCCUGAAUAAGAAGUUCAAACGUAAAAAACAAUACCAGGAAUUUCGAGAUGAAUUGGAAAGACAAAGUAUCGCGGAUCUGAAGUCAGUCCCUAUAGCAUUAUUACAGUUAAUAUGCAUCUGGCAUGAUGGAAAGCCGCUUGGCACUUCCCUGUGUGAUAUAUACAGCACAAUGAUAAAUCUACUUUUUGAAAUUUCUAAGAAACCAGUAUCGAACACUCAUCAAGGUAACCAACAGCUACCGAAAUGCUUUAAUAACAAACGGAAAUGUCGAGAAAACAGCGAACUUCUCUUGAAAUUAUCAAAGCUUUCAUUUGAGACCUUGUUUCCGCAAGACGGAAAAUCCGCAUUGGAAUUCGACAGAUCAGAAGAAAACGUAUUCGGUAUGAGUUCUGAAGAUUUUGACAUUUGCUUACAGCUCGGACUACUGACAGUAGGUAACGUUCUUGGUAAAUCUGCAUCAGUUCGACUUACACACCUGUCGUUUUUACAUGAGACUUUUCAGGAAUUUUUGGCAGCCAUUCACAUCUCAAAUGUAGAGAAGUGCGCAUCCAAUUUACAACAUGAUCAUAUGCGCGAAGCAUUAACCGGCGACUGUUCAACUAUUGCCGAAAGGGUCUUUAUUUCGUGUAAUACAUUGCUAGGAGUGUUGGAGAUGGGAAGAAUAUUCAAAUUCGUGUCAGGCUUGAAUCCUACCCAGGCGAAAGAGCUGUCAAUGGGCAUUCACUCAGUUGUGGAAAAGAUUGAUACAGUUCAACAGUAUCGUGUAGGAGAAAAAAAUGAGAAUUAUCCUUCAGACUUAAAACAAGUUCAGUCUUUGGUUUUUGCUUGUAUAACAGAGAUGCAAAAUGCUCAUCCUUUGUGUGGGAAAACUGGAACGAGUUUGUACCUUGGUGAUUUGAUAAUUGAUCAACAAAUAACUAAUGAGUAUUUCGAUGAUUUCUCAAAUGAUAAGUCAGAUGAUUCCUGGGGUGACUUUGUGCGGAAUGAAAAGGAUAUUAAAACUAUAAUGCUAGAUCAGUUACCGUAUUUAGACAUGAAAGGAGUACGAUCAGUUUUUAUUUCACAAACAACGCCUGGUUCUUUAUCAAAGGAUGCUCUUGAAAUUAUUUCAACAUGCCACUCCCUGCAGAAACUUGUUGUGUGGAUAGAUGGUUCAAGCAGUUGUUUACAAAGUAAUACCAUAACAAACAGAGUGUUCCAGAUGAUAAGCCAGUCAUGUAGUUCUCUUAUCUCUGUAUCAUUAGGUUGUAAAAGUAGUCACCUAAACGUUGGUUACAUCGAGAAUAUCCCGUCGGUACUUUCAAAUUUAAAUUAUAUUUAUUUUGAAGGCAUUGUGUCUCACCACACCAAUUGUGAGAAAAUCAUCUCAUUACUUCAAAACUCUAUGAAAUUGAGAUAUUUAUAUCUACGAGAUAUGGCAUGCCAAAAUCACCAAAAUUGUUCGCUUGUUAAGGAAUUUCCAGCAUGUCACCAGUUGCAAAAGCUAGAUUUGAGACGUGUUUGGAACAUUGGCCUUUGUGAUACCAAUCUAAAGUUGAGCACUGAUAUGAAGAAAUUGCAAUAUAUUGCAUUAAACGAUGCAAAAUUGACGGAAAAUGGAUUGCUGGCGUUUUUAAAUGAAAUUACAAACAUUGAACAUACAUUGGAGGUUGUUUUAUCCAACACUGAAGUUACUACUGAUUCAUUUCUAUUCAAAGAGGUGAAGAUAUGCAGACUACGUGUGAUUAAACAACCACGCUUUACUGACAAAACUAGUCAGACAAAUACAUUUAUCGAAAUUGAACAUAACAGUACAACAGCGAGAGAAAUCAACUUCCUUUACGGUCACGUGAUAGAAAAUUCGAAGCUUACACCAAAACUAAAAUGCCUCGAUAUACAAUGUAGACUAGAAAAUCCCGGACUGAGUUCUGACAUUACAUCUGCUGUUGUAACAGAAGUGCCGAAAUUGCUAUAUCUGGAAAGGCUAACGUUGAAAGGUAUUGACUUUGGUGCUUUAGAAUUGAAGUUGAAUGCCGAAAUGGAAAGUCUAACUCAUGUAGGGUUGGAUAGUUGUACAAUAACCGGUCGGGCAUUAAAAGGAUUUCUUCGUGGAAUUCCAAUGCUAAAACAGACCUUAAGGAUUGAGGUAAACCAAACAAAAAUAGUUGAAAACACGGCCGAGGACACGAUACCGUUGACAACAGACGGCUGGAGGUUAGCUACUUUAAAGGUGAUUGCUCAAUGGUUUGACAAUGGUGAAAAUAUUGAAAUUGAAAGUAUCCGAUCAAGUUUGUUUUGAAUGAGGGUACGCCAGACAAAAAACAACAGAAUACGAGAACAUACUUCUACAGUAUUAGCAAAGUAAAUUAUUUCGAGUGUGUUUAUUGAAAUACUGAAAACAAAAUUUAGUCAGAAAAGCGCAGCCCGAAAUUGAAUUGCGACUAUAACAAAAUGAAUCGGUGAUUAAAUCAAGUACACCAACUUCCACUCGUUCAUAUUGUAAUGCAAAGGGAGGUAAUUAACCUCUUUUUUAACUUAAUAAAGGUACGCUGACGACACGUUAUGAAUGCUUUUACCAGGUGUGAUGUUUUUUUGUUGUGUAAUCUCUCAAAAAUUGUACACUUCAGUGGUUUGAAUAUGUACAUAGUGCUUUAUUCGACAACAAACUGGCAAUAAUCUUUCAGCCAGAUUCCAAAUUCUCUUAUUUACGACAAGUAUAGUUUAAUCUAUACAUUUACUUUUCAUUACAGUUUUAUUUGCACAAAAUCACUGACUAAAAAAUUAUUUUGUUUUGAGUAUACAUCUAUAUACACUUCAAUCAUAUUCUGUGAAAAUCAAUAAGCGUUAUUUUUCUAACGUAGAAAAAGCAAAUGUAGCAUCUUGUGAAUGAUAAAUUGGAUAAAGAGGGGUGCAUUUGAAUGAUUAUUUGUGAAUGGGUAAACCUAAACUUCUGGUAUUCAUUAUGCUAUUCUGCACUUAGAUGUUUGCUAAACGUUAGCGAUUCAAACAAACAAAAAUAAAAAAAGUCAGUAAACCUUAGUAUGUAAUACAAUGUUUUUGCUGUUUAGGUGUAUGAUAUGGAUUAACUAGUGACUAUGCAUGCCUAUUAGUUUAGUAAUCAAAGCAAUAUAUAUAGUGCUGUAUGUAUCUGUUUAUUCCAUUUGAAUUAUUUAAAAAACAAAGCGGCACAACAUUACGAAGUCACAAAGGACUUUAGAAGAUAUUUUCUAUUAAAACAUAUUUUCAAAAAGCAUUUAUCUUGUUUCGUAGAAUGCAAAUGACAACUGAUGUUUUGAGAGGAAGUAAAAAAGCAGUCAAACCGUC